UAUCUGCGGUCACUGCCUCUACCACCAUCACCAGCAGAGCCUAAGCUAAGAGGAAACCACGGUUCUCACUACCCUGAGCACCCCUUUCCAACCAUCUGUUACAACAUGGUGGAUUACUAUGAAGUUCUAGAAUUGCAGAGAUAUACUUCACCUGUGGACAUUAAAAAGGCUUAUUGAAAAGUGGCACUUAAAUGGCACCCUGAUAAAAAUCCAGAAAAUAAAGAAGCCGAGAGAAAAUUCAAAGAAGUAGCUGAGGCAUAUGAGGUAUUAUCAAAUGAUGAAAAAUGGGACAUUUAUGAUAAAUAUGGCAAAGAAGGAUUAAAUGGUGGAGGCAGAAGUCAUUUUGAUGAUUCUUCUGAGUAUGGCUUCAUAUUCCGUAAGCCAGAUGAUGUCUUUAAAGAAAUUUUUCGUAAAAGGGACCCAUUUUCAUUUCAUUUCUUUGAAGACUUGCUUGAGGACCUUUUUUUUUUUUUUGAAGACCUUUUAAAUAAUCCAAGAAGCUCCUAUGGAAGCAGAAACAGAGGUGAAAGAUCCUUUUUCUCUACAUCCAGUGAAUAUCCAGCUUUCGGGAGAUUUUCUUCAUAUGAUACAGGAUAUAUACCAUGUGGUUCACUGGGCCAUGAGGGCCUUAAUUCAUUCUCUUCCCUGACAUUUGACGACAGUGGGAUGGGCAACUACAUAUCUGUUACAACUUCAGGUAAAAUUGUUAAUGGCAGAAAUACCAAUACAAAGAGAAUUAUUGAGAAUGAUCAAGAAAGAGACAAAGACAAUGGUGAGUUGAAGUCCUUUCUUUUAAAUGGUAUGGCAGAUGAAGAGAGCUUUGCUGAAGAAUGCAGUUGGAGAAGACGGUCAUUCAACAAUUAUUCACCAAAGUCCUGCAGCCCCAAACAUGUAUCUCAAUAUACUUUUGACUGGAAUCCCUCUAUUUUCUCAGCAGGAUUCAAAGAAGGUGGUAAGAGGAAAAAAAAGAAGCAUAAAGAGGUACAGAAGAAGAAGUCAACUAAAAGGAAUCAUUAA